AUGAUCACUUGUGUCCGAGCGUCGGCAUCCCGACCAUCCAGUAGUUUACAUGCUUCUCACCAGCGUCCUGUAAUUCCCCGUCUCCUUCUAUGUGUAUGGAUUCUCCUCGCGAUUCCUUCCGUUGUCGCUGCAUCCGUUCUACCUGCAGACGCCCGAUCGGAACUCAAUGCUUUGCGCUCUCUACCGUCUGUCUCCCCGUCGGAUAAGGAGCUUGUCCACGAUGAUCUCGAAGACGUAUCUCAUUCUCCACAGGAACGUGCUCAAUGGAACCACGUUCUCCGCCGAGAUGUUACCCUCGAACUGGAUCCGAGUCUCAGCGACAUGGCCGCGUCGCUCCCGAUUCUCGUCGCCUCGGACGACCAUGAUCGAACAGGGGGUGGUGAACUAUCCAGCCUGGUCGGACGGGCAAAUAGCAAAGACAUGCCUGAACCUUUUGAUACCAGCACCAGAACCAACUUUACGUCCAGCACCUGCGAAACUUUCGUCAACGAUUUCCUGUCCAAUUCCACGUUCACCAACUGUCAUGCUAUGUCCAUGCUCCUUCGCAACUCCCACUCCUUCUUUCAAACUGUCCGCUCCGCCACGGCCCUCUCGCACGUCCUCGACAUCUCCUGCAGUGCGGACGCUGAUCAAUGUUCCGCAUACAUGACCGACCUUGCCGGCCGUCUCCUCAAAAAGGAUGCCUGCGGUGAGGACUACGAAGAAGGGAAUACUAUUGUGACGGACGCUUACACCAAUAUGGUCGCUUAUGAGCCCAUCUACCGGGCCACCUGCCUCAAGAACCCCAAGACAUCCGACUACUGCUUCGUGGACGCCGCCACCAGCAGCGACAACUCAGCCGACUACGGCGUAUACUUUAUCCCCUUCGACGACGCCAUCACUAGCGCCCCCUAUCCCACAUGCAACAAGUGUCUCCAAGCCUCCAUGGACCUCUUCGCCAAAUUCGCCGAGAAGGACGGUCAAUUUCUCGUCCGCUCGUACCUUCCCUCCGCCCAGGGUGUCAACAGCAAAUGCGGCUCCGACUUUGCAAAUGUCAAUAUUACUGUGGGCGAGGAUAAGCUGCUCAGUUCAGCUGCGUCGUGGACUGCCGGCCGUCCGGGCCUAUCUCUGCAAUACAUUGUUGCAUUAUGCCUGGCUGUCAUCUUCUUAGGGUCGCUAUAA